AUGGUUGACGCUAAAGGUAGUACACCAUGUUUGAUCGGAGACUCUAUAAGGAACAUCAAUGAUCAAAACAGUUUAGAUUUUCAAUACAACAACCAGUUCAAAGAGGAAGACGAAUCCUUGAGGUUGCUAUCGCCACAAACGAGUUCCAAUCAUGCCCUGAGCAAAAUGCAGAAGGACGAUGAUAUCCGAGAUAGAUCUUACACAUCUGUAGCGGAAUUGAACCGUGAAGGUGCUUUAUUAACCGACGAAGUUGAUCUGGAUAAUGUCGAUGCUUCGAAGAUUCGCAGUAGUAGGGACGAUUUAGAAGCUGAGGAGAAGAGAAAAAAACUACUGUUAUUGAAGAGAAAGCAAAGAAAUAAGUCCAUCGUCUCAGACAGUUUCUCCUCCCCUUCAUUGCGUGCUUCCAAGUCAACUUCACUAAUCACAUCGACUGAUCCAGUUGAAGACCACAUCAGUAAAUAUUCAUUAUCAGGCACACCGGUUAAUAUUACAAGUAACGCUGGCGAAGAGGACGAGGACAUAAUUAGAAACUCGUACGGACAAAUGAUCAAAAACAACUCUAAUAGACCACAUUUAGCCAAGGGUGAAUCGUAUCAAUCCGCACAACAUGAAACAGACCAUUUAGCGCCGGAGAAUCCUGAGAAAAGACAAGAAAGAAGCGGUAGAUCUUAUGAUAGACAAACAUCAUCGACUGAAUUUUUAAGAUCCUUAUCCAGGUCAAUAAGUCGUGAUCCUAUCAAGAAUAAAACCGUUUCACCCGCUAAUGAAGAAGACUCUAGGAUGUACAGCACCAGCAACUACUCUAUAUCGUUAGUUGACUUGGAAAACAAGCCCAAAACCAUCACGGAAACUCUGGAAGAAGAGCAAGAGGAUGCCGAAAGGGAAGGUGUUUUGUUGGAAGACGAGGGCAACGAAGAGUACCCCAGGGAUUUGGAAGAGGCAGCUAACAAAGUUGAACAAUCGUAA